AUGGGCUGCAUGGAGGGGGGAGCGCCGGUGAGGGCAACGUACGUGAACCUGUACAGAUGGCCGGAGUCGGACGUGGAGUUCGUCGGAAGGGUCUGUGGCGGCGAGGGGGAGAAGCGGCGCCGCCAGUGGCAACAGCCGCGGGUGGUGGAUAGCUACUCGUGCCGGCAGAUGUACCUGAGGAGCUACACCUUCUCCAGGAAGGAGAGCGUCCCCGAGAGGACCAGGAGGUGCCUCGGCAAGAUGAAGAAGAAGGUGGGUGGAAUAAUAGUCAACGGGAAUAUGACCCCUGGUUGCUGCUGCGUCGGCCGUAUGGAGAAGAAGAGGAAGAAGAAGAAGGAGAAGGAAAAGUGCGGGGUGGUAAGGAGGCUGAGAGAGGUCUCGUUGGCCGCCGUCCGAUCCAUCUUCCUCCGGUUGCUGGCCUGCACGGCUAGCGUUGACUUGGGUAACUACCAGGCUUCCAGUUAG